UUUGUGUUGUAAUUUUGUAUAUACGUGUGUUUUCUAUGUUAUUUUCAUCUUUAUUGUUUAUUUGAAUGAUGCACACUUCACAAAAAAAAGAACCAAAAAUGUCUUAGACCACAUGGAAAUAUAAUAGAAGUUUGAAUGUAUUAUCUAACCAAUCAUAAAUGAGAGAAUUACUAUAAACUAACCGGUACUAUCAUUAUUAUUGUUAUUAUUAUUUUGUUCUUUUACAUCAUUAUUAAUCAUAAUAAGGUACUUGUUACUAUUAAUAGUAGUAUCAUUACUACUAUUAGUUCAAUGUCCAAUAAUAUUUCUUAUGAAAACAGCAAUAUAAAAAAGAAGGAACACCAAUAAAUACUAUUGUAUAAAUAUACAAAUUAUACUUCACUGAAUCACUAAUUAUCAUCAUCAUCAUCAUCAUCAUCAUCUCAGAAUGUCAAUUUCUAAUGGUCACUGUAAUAAUUACUUAAAAAAAGAAAUCAAUGGUCUUAGAAAAUGGAAAGUAAAUGGUCAACAAACUAAUGGAAAAUCAAGUCAUAUAAAAGAAAAUGAAAAACACAAUAUUAAUCAGGAUGGCAACUAUGAAAAUAGUUUACAGAAUGAGGAACAAAAUAAUCAAAUAAAAAAUAGUUGUAUAUUAAAUGAAAAUGGGAAUGGGACAAAAAAUGAUACUUUAAAAAUAGAAAAAUUCGAUGGUGAUAAUAACCAUAGUUAUAUGAAUGAUAAUGGUAAUAAUAAUGAGAAUUUUGUACCAAUAUGUAAACCUGGACGUUUCAUUUGUCGUGGAUUGUAUACAGAUAUACCACAUUUAUGCUCUGAAACUGGUUACUUAAUUUGGAUUGAACCAAAACAAACUAUGCGUGUUUUAUUUACUUAUGGAGAUACAAAUUGUGAUUUUUUAUGUUAUUUAGAACCAGAAGUUCCAGGUGUUGCAAUCAACUAUUUAGAGCCUAAUAGAAUAAAAUAUUUUCAAUAUUUUAAUGAAAAUGACUAUAGACCAAUACAAAUUCAUUCAGGAUUAGCUGCAUCAAUAAAUGGUUCCACUGGUACUAGAUAUUCAUGCAUUGGAUCAUUGUUCAAUACAUUCUCUUAUGCAAUUGAUUCAGAAAAUGCUCAAUGUUUAAUUGAAUUAAAUGUUUUAAAUAAAAAACAAAUGAAUGAAUUAAUUGAACCAAUUUCACGUCCAUUCAAACUGAAUUUUCGUUUAGUUCUUUAAUGUAACCAGGAUCAUGUUAGGAGUCUUUAAUUAUUUAGUUCUAUUAGAAAAAACAAACAAACAAACAGUAAACUUCUGUCAUUCUGGAAAUAAUCAUUGCAUUUUCAAGCUAUUUGCAACUGUUAGCUUAUGUGUUAACUCAAAGCUGUCUCUUAUUUAAUCUAAUUACUGCAAAUGACUUUGUUUAUCUUUAUUUUAAUGAAGUACAUCUUGUUUCAAACAUUCUAAAUAAAGAUUUGAUCAAUUCAUCUUCGUUCAAUAUAUCUAGAUCAUAUUUCAGUAUUCAAAUAUUUGCAUAGUUGUAAACUAUUAAUUUUCGUUAUAUUCAAUCUUAUUUCAUUUGAAAAGUUGAUACCCAAAAUAAAUAUAUUUUCUUAAAA